UUAUACGUAGGAAGAUGCUGUUAGGUCCUGGCUACAAGACACUGGAUGCCGCAAGCCUUCAUCUUCUUUUCUGUUAAAAAGUUAUUGAAAGUACGACCGCGACCACUAUUUAUUUGGACAGGUAAUACUUGAGCAAUGCAAAUAAUUGAUUUUGUGCAUUACUUCACACUUUCCUUUUUUCUAUUUGUAGAACGAUUUGUCUAGAAUGUUCGGUAACGACGCACAAUGACAAAGUAUGGAAAUUUAAGUGUUAUAGAUGUUUAGAAUUAUGCUUCUGUAUUUUUUUGUUUAGCUUAUGCUUGAUAAAGGAUUUGGAAAAGAAAUUUCGCUAGUAUUAAUUAUCUGUAUAAAAAAGGCUGAUGGUUGCGAAUGGAGUGGAAACUUCAAAGACUACCAGGCCCAUCUUGAUACACAUCGUAAAAACAAUCAAUGCGAAUAUUGUAAAGCGAUCUUGCCAUCGAAAUAUUUGCUUGCUGAACAUCAAAUAUAUUCAUGUAGAGACGUUGCACAAUUAUGUUCGUUAGCAAAACAUGGAUGCCAAGAAAAACAAACGUAUGAGACGCUGACAGCAUUAACGGCAGACAUACAAACAUUAAGUGAAGACUCGAUUCGUUUAAAUAUAGAAUUAUUAAGUCAUAAAAAUGUCUUGGGAUUGUUUCAUAAUGGAACAAAUCAACUCAAACAGUCAAUAGUGGAGAUAGACUCAUAUAGUAGAGGUAUCUCAUGGAAUCAGGAAAUGUUACAACAGGAAAUAUCAAGCGUAAAACAGAACGUUGAAGAUUUACAGUCAAUAUCCUAUGAUGGAACUCUAACAUGGAAGAUAAGUAAUGUCUCAGAGAAAAUGGCCGAUGCUGAAUCGGAGAGACAAACAAGUAUCUACUCACCACAUUUUUACUCAUCGCCAACUGGUUAUAAAAUGUGUAUUCGACUUUAUUUACAUGGUGAUGAUAAUGCCCGACACACACAUAUGUCUCUCUUGUUUCUCCUAAUGCGUGGUAAAUUUGAUGCUAUCCUUAGAUGGCCCUUCAAUUUCAAGGUGACCUUUUGCUUGUUUGAUCAGUCAGGACAACAGAAACAUAUUAUCGAUUCUUUCCGACCCGAUAUAAAGUCGAAUAGUUUUCAGCGUCCUAAGAGUGAAAUAAACAUUGCUAGCGGUAUACCGAAAUUCUUUCCGUUACCAAUGAUAUUGCAAGACAAUAAUGGUUAUAUCAGAGAUGAUACUAUGUACAUUAAAUGUUUGAUUGAUUUUGGUGACAUAUCAAAAAUAAUUCUUCCGUAUGCCCUCAGUUUAAAUCCCGCAUUACCUCAUCAUGUUCAAAGAAAUAUAAUACAAAUUGAUUUUGACAAAUCAACCCACCCAUGGUUGCAACUUCAACAACAGCAGCAAUUAAUACCGGCUACUACCAGCGACAGCAGCAAUACGUUCCAACUCUUUAACAAUGGCAAAACUGCCAGACAGUCAGCGGACAUAGAAAAAAACCAAUCAACACCUUUUGAGAAUAUUUGCUUAAAAAUUUCUUCACCGAAUGCCGUUGUGUUCUCACUUCAUUCUUCUCAUCCCACGACACAACCAACUGUCGCUACAACAAUAUCGGACUCCUCUGAUUCUGAUGAAUUUUGUACCGAGUGGGGCGAUUAA